AUGAAGUUUUUAAGUGAACAUCAAGAAGAUCAUAAGAUCAAGAGCUUGAGAAAUGGAGAUCAUGAGGUUCUACAACAAGCUCAUGAUAAAAGAUUUAGAGUUUCAGUUAGAGCCAGAUGCGAUGGACCAACCAUGAACGAUGGAUGUCAAUGGAGGAAAUAUGGACAAAAGACGGCGAAAGGAAAUCCCUGCCCUAGAGCAUAUUACCGAUGCUCAGUUGCGCAAAACUGUCCGGUCAAAAAACAGGUGCAGAGAUGCAUGGAAGACAUGUCUAUAUUGAUCACAACAUAUGAAGGCAACCAUAACCAUCCACUUCCAUUCUCCGCAGCCACCAUGGCUUCAACCACCUCCGCGGCAGCCUCCAUGCUCAUGUCUGGCUCGUCGGACUCUCAACCGCAAACCAGUACUACUGUCUCUGCCGGCCUUCAUACAACAACAUCAAAUACUACUCUAUUAAGCAAAGAAAAUUUGAUCACAGAUUCGAUAGCGCAUGCGAUAACAACCGAUCCAUGCUUCCGGUCAGCAUUAGCAACUGCCAUUGCAUCUUAUAUUGGAGUUCAUGGAGCUCAAAGUAGAUGGGAGAGUUCUUCAGCUGGACAUGGAAGGGAUCAGGAAAGGCAUGGUGCUGGUUCAGUGAUUAGUUCUGGUAAUAACCUGGAGAACUUGACGUUUUCCCAAUCAUUGAUGGGGUUUUCUGGAGCUAAGAGUGCAUCUUCAUCUCCAGUUGAGGAUAGGGGGCAGUACAUUAAUGGGAUGAAAUGA